UCCUACAAUUAUUUUCCUUUUUCUUUCUAUCAUUUUCCUUGACACAAACCAUAAAAUCACACACCCUUCAUUUUUAUAUAUAUUGUUCAGUUGUUAUCUUCAUCAAACAACAACAAUAGUACUACGUUUUUGUCUUCCUUUGCUAGCUAGAAAAUCAUGGACACCAUUAGCACAAGUAGCACUAAUUCAAUCAUUAGUUCUCUUCAACAAACACCAACAAAAAUAACCAAAUCCAAGAAGAAAAAGAACAAACCCAUCAAGGUAGUUUAUAUAUCCAACCCUAUGAAGGUUACCACCAGUGCCUCUGAAUUUAGGGCACUGGUCCAAGAACUCACUGGUCAGUAUGCUGAAUCGCCGCCGGAUCCUUCUAGGUAUCAGGACUUCAGCGGCGAUGAUAGCAGUGCUGACGGUGGAUGCAGUGAGAAUAGAAUUGAUUGUGAUAAAAAUGAUCAUACGGUUGUUGUUGUGCCACCACUUGUGGAUCCUGAUGAUGAUAAAGUGAAACCUAGUGAGAGUUUUGAGGGUUUUGAUGAAGAUGUACUUUUGAUGCCUCAGAUGGUGGAGAACAUUUGGGAUCUGCUUCCAACAAGUGCAUUCUAUGAAUCUUUUCAACUUGAUAGCUAUUGAUUCUCUUGGAGUGUAAUUAUAUAUAUUAAUCGGUAAGAAUUUAAGCUAGUUUAAUUAUUCUCUCAAAACAAGCUAUUAAUAUUAUCUCUAAUAAUAUCUAUGUUUCUCAGUGAAAUAUAUGUCAUGUAAUUAACUGUUUUAUGUGACUGAACCUGAUGAAUGAUGAAAUUAAUUAGUUUAGUUAA